AUGGCUUGUGUUAGGCUUGCUCCUUUGGCUCUCUUCUUGCUCGCCACUUCCAUAAUGUUUCCGAUGAAGAAGAUAGAAGCAGCAGAUUGUUCAGGUGCUUGUUCACCGUUUGAGGUGCCACCAUGUGGCUCCCGUGAUUGUCGCUGUGUUCCUAUUGGAUUAUUUGUUGGUUUCUGCAUUUAUCCUACAGGACUUUCAUCUAUUGCCAAGGUUAUGGAAGAACAUCCCAACUUACGUAAAUCUCAUGAUGAUUGCACGAAGAAAGGAAGUGGUAACUUCUGUGCUCGUUAUCCCAAUCCGUACAUGGAUUAUGGGUGGUGCUUUCAAUCUAAUUCUGAAGCACUAAAAGGGUUUUUGGCCAUGCCUAGGGCAAUCUCUAAGUAA